GGUCUGACCAGACGGGGGGAGAGGACCCCGCAGCGAGGAGUUCCCGCGGGGACAGAGCUCACCCAUGACCCACCGUAGUUUUUGUUUUCCGAAAUCACCCACAACAUUAGCAUUUUGAACAGAAGAUCAGCGGCUCGGAAAAGCCCGAAGUAUAGUGAAGUUGAGUUCGCUCCACGGCGUGCUCUGGCGCGUCCCGCGCUCCCACUGUAUCGCCCCCUCAGAAGCUACAAACUGGAAAUUGAGGUCUGGACCGGGGAGAACAAAUCUUCGUCGGAGGGGCAGCAACUUCGUCCCCGAUCUUGCUCCAAAAGGUCAUGGCCGCAAAAAAAAUCAUUGCUAUCUGUCAGUCCGGUGGUGAGUUUGAGACUAAUAAAGAUGGAUCCUUGUCCUAUAAUGGGGGAGAGGCCUAUGCAAUAGACAUUGAUCAGCAAACUCAGUUAAGUGAUUUCAAGCAAGAGGUUGCAGAAAUGUUCAAUUGCAAUGCCAAUACCAUGUCCAUCAAAUACUUUCUCCCAGGAAAUGAGAAGACCCUCAUCACAAUUUCUAAAGAUAAAGACCUAAAGCGCAUGGUAAAUUUCCUUGGUGAUUCGGUCACUGUCAACAUUUUCAUCAUGACUGAGGAAGUUGUUGCUCGUAAUGUAUCAAAUAUGCCUGCUAGUAGGUCAAGCAGGACAACAGCCUCUGAAGCAGUGGUUCCCCCUGUUGCCCUUGUUGAUGCUGUGGCUGACAAUACCCAUGCCAAUGAUGAUCCAAUUGACAUGGACAUAAAUGAUGAAACCCCUCUUGCCAGUAUUCCGACUGGUUCCAUUGAGGGCAGACAUCACAAAGCUGCAGAACAGUGGGAAAACACCAUCACUGGUGUGGACCAAAGAUUCAACAGUUUUACUGAAUUCCGAGAAGCUUUGCACAAAUACUCAAUCGCGCAUGGGUUUGCUUACAGAUAUAAGAAGAAUGACAGUCAUCGUGUAACUGUCAAAUGUAAGACCCAAGGUUGUCCAUGGAGGAUAUAUGCAUCAAGGUUAUCUACCACCCAGUUGAUUUGUAUAAAAAAGAUGAACACAACACAUACAUGUGAAGGAGCUGUUGUGAAGGCUGGGUAUAGGGCAACAAGGGGCUGGGUAGGAAGUAUUAUAAAGGAGAAGUUGAAACUUUCCCCAAACUACAAGCCAAAGGAUAUUGCCAAUGACAUUAAGCGAGAGUAUGGAAUUCAAUUAAAUUACUCUCAGGCAUGGCGUGCAAAAGAGAUUGCAAGGGAGCAACUCCAGGGUUCUUAUAAAGAGGCUUAUAGUCAGUUACCAUAUUUGUGUGAGAAGAUAAGAGAGACUAAUCCAGGUAGCUUUGCUACCUUUGCCACAAAGGAUGACUCUAGCUUCCAUCGUUUAUUUGUCUCAUUCCAUGCCUCGAUAUCUGGUUUUCAACAAGGUUGCCGUCCUCUCCUUUUCCUCAAUAGCACUCCUUUAAACUCAAAAUAUCAAGGGGUUUUGUUGGCUGCAACAGCUGCAGAUGGAGAUGAUGGGGUCUUCCCAGUAGCCUUUGCUGUAGUUGAUGCUGAAUCUGAUGAGAACUGGCACUGGUUCCUAAUGGAAUUGAAAUCUGCAGUUUCAGCCUCUCGGCCAAUUACAUUUGUUGCGGAUUUUCAGAAUGGUUUAAAAGAGUCAUUAGCUGAGAUAUUUGGCAAUGGAUUCCAUGGUUUUUGUCUACGGUUUCUGGCUGAGAAGCUCAAUAAAGACUUGAAGGGGCAGUUUUCUCAUGAAGCAAGACGUCUCAUGGUUCAAGAUUUCUAUGCUGCUGCUCAGGCACAUGGACUUGAGGCCUUCCAGCAGUGCACUGAGAGCAUAAAAAGUAUUUCCCUUGAAGCUUUCAAUUGGGUCAUACAAAGUGAGCCAGAUCACUGGGCCAAUGCUUUCUUUCGAGGGGCGCGGUAUAACCAUAUGACAUCAAACUUUGGACAAAUGUUCUACAGCUGGGUAUCAGAGGCAAAUGAGUUGCCAAUUACACAGAUGGUUGAUGUAUUGCGAGGUAAGAUGAUGGAGUUGAUCUAUACACGCAGGGUGGAUUCCAGUCAAUGGGUAACAAGGCUAACACCAUCGAAAGAGGAGAAGCUACAAAAGGAAACUUCAACAGCACAAUCGCUUCAAGUGUUACUCUCUCAUGGCAACACGUUUGAAGUUCGUGGUGAAACUGUUGAUGUUGUUGAUAUUGAUCACUGGGACUGCAGCUGCAGAGGAUGGCAGCUCACUGGCUUGCCUUGUUGCCAUGCUAUUGCUGUUUUUGAAUGCAUUGGUCGGAGCCCAUAUGAUUAUUGCUCCAGAUACUUUACAGUUGAGAGUUACCGGUUAAUAUAUGCAGAGUCAAUUCACCCUGUUCCAAAUGUAGACAGACCAGUGCAGAGUGAGUCAAUUCAUUUGGGAGUUACUGUAACCCCUCCACCUACUAAACGCCCUCCUGGCCGCCCAAAAACGAAGCAGGCUGAAUCAAUAGAUAUCAUCAAACGACAACUCCAAUGUAGCAAGUGUAAGGGCCUUGGCCACAAUAAAAAGACAUGCAAAGGUUCUUAGUAUGCAUGUUAGGGCAUUUAAAGUAGGCAUCCAUUCUGUCGCCUUUGAGCUUUUCUCUACUGAUCUCCAGCUAUGUAACUUCUAGAAAUUUUUUUUCCACCCAGCAUAACUUCUAGAAUUUUGGUUAACAGUUUAGGCUUCUGCAUUGGAACCUGAAGAUAUUUUAGGCUCUAUAAUUUAUAUGUAAAGAAAUCCUUGUAAUUGAGGAGUAACUGCAUGAUAAUACACAACUAGCUCCGUCUGGUCUUGUAAUUAUAUUC